AUGCAGAAGCUUGUCUUCCAUCUUGCUCCAAGAAUGGCGAAGCAUUGCAAUAUUUCUGUUGCCAUGGUAGCUGAUGAAUCUGUGCAGAGGUCAUAUACACGGUCAUGCAUUCUCAAGGUAGAUGGAUACUCAAGAGCCAGGACGCUACUCAAGAACGACGAGUACCUGACUUCUCCACCUUUCAGUGUUGGAGGCCACAACUGGGCCGUGACCUACUACCCAAAUGGUAGCGAGCUUUGUCCUGAUUACAUAUCUAUUUUUCUACAUCUUCGAUCCGCCCAUGCCGAAGGUGUGAAGGCGAAUUUCACGUUCAGUCUACUAGACGAGAACGGAGAACCGGUGCCUUCGUACACCCGUAACCAUGGCACACAUACAUUCUCGAGGAAAGCUCCAAACUGGGGCAACCAUAACCUGAUGAAGAAAGCUAAGCUGGAAAGAUCGGAGCAUCUCAAAGAUGAUUGUCUGACCAUAAGAUGUGAUGUCACCAUCAUGACGGAGAUCCUCGGUGAAGAAGAAACAAGGGCUUCUCCAGACGACUUGCACAGGCAUCUCGGUGAUCUCCUCGAGAGCAAAGAUGCAGCAGACCUAACAUUUCAAGUAGGCGGGGAGGAAUUCCCCGCUCAUAGGUGUGUCCUCGUCGCUCGGUCAUCUGUCUUCAAGGCGGAGCUCCUCGGCGCCAUGGAGGAGAGUUCCAGUAGUGCUAUCAAAAUCUAUGACAUGGACCCUGACGUGUUCAAGGCCUUGCUCCAUUUCAUAUACACCAACAAAGUUUCUCCUGUGAUUGAUGUGGCGAUGGCCAGUCAUCUACUCGUAGCGGCUGAUAGGUACAACAUCGGCAGCCUGAAGCAGAUCUGUGAGGAGAAACUGUGUUGUCAUAUUGAUUCAAACAUGGUGGCAACCAGUUUGGCUAUAGCUGAGCAGCAUGGUUUCCAUCGUCUGAAAGAAGCUUGUUUGCAGUUCCUUGCUUCACCAUCCAAUUUGGAGGCGAUGAUGUCAAGCAACGGUUAUGAGCAUCUCAAAUCUAGCUGCCCGUCUGUUCUCAAGGAGAUCAUAGCUAGAAUACUCCCGGCUGAAUGGAACGCAGCAAAGGAUAUUAUCAUGUCAAUUUAG